GAAUUAGGUUAUGAAUAUUUUUAAUUUUUAGGGCUGUGAAGAAUUGAAAUUUCGAAAGUUUCUAAUCGUUAUUUCUAUUUCGAAAUGUCUCUUCAACGAUUAUCUAAAUGGCUGGUUUCCGAUAACGGUAAAAAAGCGUGCUAUUACCUAGCCGGUGGAUUAACAACAUCAACAGUCUUCGCUCACUUUUUACCACAAACUUUAUUAUUACACAAAUAUAAAGAAAUAGUUCAAUUAUACCAAAACGGUUUCCCGGUGGAAGUUUCCGAAAAAUUGAAACAACGGUUCCAAAAAGUUUUAGACAUACUACAGAUCGAUCCUAAAGCUCAACAGUUGUAUCAACCAAUUCACGUUUUCGGAUUCGAUGUUUUCAGCAUCGGUAGUUCGUUUAGCAAAUUCGGCAGUUUUAUCGGUUUACCCAUUAAUUUUACAUACGAAGACACCAGAACGAUCAAUACUUCAAAACUAAAAAUAAGAGAAGAGUCCAUUAUAUGGGAUUCCGAACCCGCCCAGAAGCUCCUAGAUUCACUCGUAUUAUCCGAAAACGCGCAAUUGUACGCAAUGGCCAGAGAAAUAAAACACAGGCAAACCCUCAAACCGUUGUUAAACGCAGCCCUGAGUUUCCAAACGGUUUUUCUAAUUUACGCCGUGAGCAGGCAAAUCAACGAAAGGUUCAAUUUCUACGCUCAACCGAGAUCUACCAGAAUGCUAAUGUAUCUGCUCGUCGGAGCCUUCUGCGGCGGAAUACACGCCAUGGGCUCGGACGCUUCGCAGAUUUACUACGAAGGCAAGAUCGACAAAGAGCUGAGACAAACCGAUCAGGCCUUCGUCGAAGGGGGCAAGGAAUUCUACGAGAAAAUCCUGCAAAGGAACAAAGCCCUUCGGAGCUUGUUGGGCAAAGAAGGGGAGCGAUUGUACACUGUUCACGGCAACGAGAAUUACCUCAUUCGACAGAAACAUCUGCCCAUCGUGCAGAGGAAAUCGUCUUUCGAAGAACAACUAGCGUCUUAAGUUUGUAUAGUUAAU